GGGCGGCUGAUGGCCAUCGCCGACGCGCGCACCGCCGAGGGCUUGGCACAGCAUUCCGCUGGAGCGGACGCCCACGUGGACCGCGCCCGGCUGGGCGACCUGCGCGACCCUGGCACCGACCUCAGCCGGAUGUGGCGAUGCGCCUUCGGCUGGGCGCCGGCGGGCCGCCCGAGCCUCCAAAUGUGCGGCGCCCGCGGCGAGCACCUCCUGGACGCCGCCGGACCCCACGCCUCGACCUGCUGCAUUGGGGAGGCGACGGUUGGCCACAACCCGGUCAAGGAGGAGCUGCAUCGUUUCGCCGUGAUGGGCGAUCCUCGUAGCGAGCUGGAGCCGGAGAACCUCGUACGCUCACGUCCACUGGACCGACCUGCAGACGUGCUCACGGCGGCCGUUGGCCGCCUGUCGGCCUUGGACGUGGGAGUUACGAGUUCCGCCACCGCGCCCGCGCCAGGCGAGGACGCCGCCGAGGCGAUGUGGCAGCGCAAAAACCGGGAGCGGGACAGCGUGCGCGGCGAGCUCGAGGAGCUCGGCAUCGUCUACAGCUCCGUGGUAUGGACGAGCCACGGGCGCCCGCACCUGCAGGCGGCGGCCGUGCAGCGAGCGCUGCGGGAGCGGAUCGGCGCGGCGCUGGCCCGGCGGGGCGCGCGCACGAGCCUGGCCACAGUGGCCCGGCUAGACGACAGCGCCGCCGAGCCCGGAGCGGGCGUUUGGCGCGAGCUCGCCGCGGUCGACGCCGCCGCGGCGGCCGGCGCGCAGGGUUCGGCGCCCGCAGCGCUGGGAGGGCCAGGCGGGGCCAGGCCGGCGGCGCCUGCGGCGGGGGCGCAGGCCGCCCAGCGGCUGAUGUAG